GUGCGCAGGGAAUUACGGUGCAUCCGCGUCCCGAUGAGCGCCAUAUUAGGCGUCAAGACGUGCAAGAAUUGGCGCUAUUGAUGCAAGACUGGCCAGGGCACGAAUUUAAUAUUGAGGGCAACCCUUUGCACAAUCUAAUGGAAUUGGUGCAGGAGUUUAGGCCGCACCAGUGUACUUUUGUACCCGAUAGCCGCGACCAAGCCACCAGCGACCACGGUUGGGAUUUAUCGCCUGAAAACCCUGAAUUAGGGAAAAUAUGUCUAUGUAUAUCACAGGCCAAGUCUCUUGGGGUGCGCGUGAGCCUAUUUAUGGAUGCACAAGCCAACCAAAUGCCACUAGCACACGCGGCGGGAGCCAAUUGCGUGGAGCUAUAUACCGAGCCCUAUGCCCGCGCUUGGGGCUUGCCGCAUGCAACGCAGGUUUUGCAAAACUAUGCCCAAACCGCCGCCUUGGCCCACAGUCUGGGUUUAGGGGUAAAUGCUGGACAUGAUUUGAAUUUGCAUAAUUUGAAAGAUUUUCUAGUAGCUUGCCCGCAAGUAAAAGAAGUAUCCAUAGGACAUGCGUUUAUCGCUGAUGCGCUGCAAUGGGGUUAUAGCGAGACCACGCGGCGGUAUUUACAUGCAAUAGCGAGAAUAGGCAGCGAUAUUUGCGACAUUGGGCGAAUAGCCAAGGUCUAUGCCAGGCAUGGCGAGCGUUUUGCCAGACGGAUUUUAGGGCCUCAUGAGUUUGCCGUGUGGCUGCAGCGUAGCCUGCGCAGUCCUGAGCGCGGAGUUCGCUAUUUGGCUACCCGUUUUAGCGCCAAAGAAGCGUUUAGCAAAGCUAUAGGCUUAGGGAUACGCAGCCCCAUGCGCUGGAGAGAUUGCGAGAUAGUGAGCCUGGCGAGCGGGCGUCCCGUCAUACAAUGCCACGGCGCACUUAAGAGCUGGAUGGAAUCACAGCAAUUGCAGGCAAGUGUAAGCAUGAGUGACGAGCAAGACUACGCGCUAGGUUUUGUAAUCGUAGAAAAACAGCCCAAUUUGACGCCU